AUGGUUCCUCCAAACUUGGCAACCCAUACUUUUCCAAAAAAGCAUGAGAGAAGACUCACCGAAGAUAAUGUUCAGCAAAUUCAUGCAUCAACAGGCAAUGUCCUUCCUAUUGGUGCAGGAAUAUGUAAUAGCUGCAGAGUACACUUAAUUGUGAACAAAAGGCCGAGCCUUCAGAUUCAGGACAGUAAGAAGGUACUUUGUAAAACUGAGUCUAAUGAGAAUGGUGUUCAACUUCAAGUUGACAUGAAUGAUGACUACAUGUGUAAGCCUAUGGAAAGAGCUCGGAAAUCAAGAAAGAUGCCCAUCACAAAAGAUGAAAGUGAUAUGAUGAAUGAUGACCAUACACCUCUGAAAAGAUCAAGGCGAUCAGUGACAAAGGUAUCUUCUUGCACUGUACAAUCCUCAGAUGGAUGUGGAGAAUUUGAUUCUGAAGAUCUCAGUCAGGAGACAGUUGUCUCUGAGGCUUCAGUAUCUAAUUCAUCAAAACUUGAGGCUCUGAAUCACUACCUGGCCCUCAGUAAUGUUAGCCCGAUAAAGGAAUGUCAGGUUUACCUACAACAUUCAAGCAAUAGAACUAAACAGAGGUACAUCAAUAAGGCUAAGCAGUGUCUUGACCUUAUCCUGACCACAAUUUGUCCUGGGGAAGAGGAAUUCUUGAGAAGAUCUGUUUUGAAUGAUAUUCAGCUAGAUUCUGUAGAGGAGGAAAACGCCAUUCUUGAGACACUUGUCGAAAUUUAUAAUGGUGCCAAUUCUUGGGCAUUCCAACGACAAAUUCUCUCAACAAUUGUAAAAGACAAGGACUUUUCAGCUGUCAAAGAGCUUCUGCCUACUGUGACAAGAUAUAAAUUCAAUCAAGCAAAAGAACAUAUUCAAGAGCAUGGUGUAGGAGAACCAAUCUCAAAAAGGAAAGUUCCUAGGGAAAAGUAUACCCAUAGCCAGUUAGACCACUUCAUUGACUUUAUCACAUCUGGAGACAUAAUUAAAGACCAGCCUUUUGGAGAAAAAACGUUGAAAAUGGAAACAGGAGAGGUUCUUAAGAUUCCAACUGUUAUUAGAUGUUUGGCACCUUCCACAAUUAUCUCUCGAUACACGGAUGUGUGCAAGGAGGAUAACAUAAAGCCUCUUGGAAAUAGCACUCUUUUCAAGAUUUUGGAAGAAUGCUCAGCUGUGUUCAGGAAAAGCAUUGAGGGAUUAGACAAUUUUUUAAUGGAGGGGAUUAAAGCCUUUGAGGAGCUGGACAAGAUAGUGAAAAGACUUGAGCUGUCAACAGAAGAUGAGAAACCUCUUACAGCUGGAUUGCAAAGUGCUAAAAAUUAUUUGAAAUCAGGAUUUAAGGGUCAUAUUACCAAGGAAAAUAUGGUAGAAGACCAUUGCAUAUCCUAUGCCCUUAGUUCUUCCGAGCCUUUCUUCGCAGCUGAAUGUGAGCAUCAGCAUGGGGACACAUGUACUGACUGCCAAAACCUAGAUAUAGUUCUCAGUUCAAUUCAGCAGAAGGCUGAGGAGCAUCAGUGGCAGAACCAGGAGGCAGCAAUGUAUACGGUAGAAGAAGCUGUUGAAGCCAUAAAGAAAUGGAAGUGCCAUAUCCUAAGAUGUAGAAACCAAGAGAGGGCUAGGUCAGAUAUUGUGCAACAGAUGUCUGAAGAUGAUGCUAUUAUUACGUGUGACUGGGCCAUGAAGUUUCUUCCCAAGAAAUAUAGAGAGGGUCAAGUGGACUGGUUUGCCAAAAGGGGGAUGAACUGGCAUAUUGCUGUGACACUAUUAAAGGAUGGACAAAAUUUUUCUACGUUAACACAUGUCCACAUUUUUGAUUGCCCUAUAUCUCAGGAUGCACCUAUCACGUCACAGAUUUUAACAGAUGUUGCGAGAGACAUUUUGAAGGAGAAACCAGCAGUGAAAAACAUUAACUUUUUCACAGACAAUGCUGGAUGCUACAAGUCAUCCACCACAAUCCUGACGUUACAAAAAGAACUCAAGAAUACUGUGUCCUCUUUUAAUUUUUGUGAGGCACAGAAUGGGAAAGGUCCCUGCGAUAGGCGUGCAUCCCACAUCAAGUCCAUUAUAAGACGAUACAUCAAUGAAGGAAAUGAUGUAACAUCAGCUUUCCAUAUGAAAAAGGCAGUGGACAAUGAACAGAAACCAGAUUUGAAACUGAAAGUUGUUUCAUCAGUGAAUAUUGUUGAUGAUGAUCAGCAUGAACUUGAACCGAGAUACUCAAUCCCAGGAAUUUCUAAACUGUACAAUUUCCUUUAUUCACAAGAUGGAUCAAGGAUGUGGAAAGCAUAUGCUAUUGGUGAAGGUAUUAUGACACAUAAACAUAAGUGCUUUUCUGGAACUGAAUUAAUUAAGCUUUUAUGA